UUGCGACGACGAUGUUUGCGCGGGGCAUUGCGACAGCAGGGUCGCAGCCUCGAAUGCGCUACGAAAAUGCCCGGGUGGGAAAGGGUGGAUCGGGGGCGGCGCGCAAGCGUGGUCGCCGCCGUAUCGACGCUUCGACGCCCGGGCCGAGGGAGAGAAACGGAUUUCUCUGCCAGUAGUGGUAGAAGUCCCUGUCGGGGUCGAGCGAGGGUGCGAAUAUGUGCGCGUGUGCAUAGCGGUGUGCUUUCGCGAAUGCAUCUCGAGCACAUCUCUGCGUAGGGCGAGAAAAAUAUGUAAGACACUGAGACAGCAUCGUGAUACGGAAGACAACGACCACGAAGACGUAGAAGACGGGCUUCGAGGACGACGCGUUACCAGAGCACUCGGCUGUCGCUGCUGAUUUGGCCAGGGUUCGCGGAGAAAAGUGGCGUGAGAGGGUGGACGGGAGUAUAGGAGACUGCGAGAGGCACCGGCGAGGGCUGCUGGUGCACACAAUCAGGAUGCGACCGAGGAGUGACACGGUUACAUCGAUUGUAUAUCAAGAUCCUCGAAGACAUAACUUCAGUAUCGAGGACUCAUUUGCCUAAGGACUUAAGACGUUCCUUUCCAAGGGUGCGGAGUAGCCUUGGGACGUAAGGAAGAAUACUGCAGCGUGCAGAAACCGAAGGUACAAUCUUCUAGGAAGGUCCAGUACCUGGCAGCGGAAAGAUCGCGAAAAGAGUGAAGGGUAAAAGCAUCUAAGGGCGGGUGGGGGGAUGCAGCUCGAAAGGGUGGCGGCAUGGAGGAGCACUCGUUGGAGGCUCUCAUGCAGGCGAGCCUUAUCUUCGUGGUCGCCGUCGCCAUCAUCGUCUCGAAUCUCCUCAUCAUCGUCACCUACCUCAACUUCCGCGGUCCCUCCGAGGUGAUAAACUACUACUUGCUUUCACUCGCCUCGGCAGAUCUUCUAUGUGGUGUGUUGGUGGUUCCGCUCUCAGUGUAUCCAGCGCUGGUUCGAAGAUGGGUCUACGGAGACAUCGUGUGCCGACUCGUCGGUUACUUGGAAGUCACACUUUGGGCGGUAUCAGUAUAUACCUUCAUGUGGAUCUCCGUAGAUCGCUAUCUUGCUAUCAGGAAACCACUGAGAUACGAGACAGUACAGACGAAAACCCGAUGUCAAUGUUGGAUGGUCUUCACGUGGAUCAGCGUGGCGAUGAUGUGCUGCCCGCCCUUGCUCGGCUUCAACAAGCCGAUCUUCGACCGCGAGGCCUUCAUCUGCAUGCUCGACUGGGGCAACAUGGCCGCAUAUACCAUCACGCUGUCCAUCCUCGUGUUGGGGCCGUCAGUUAUCACCAUCGUCUACACGUACUUCUACAUAUUCUCCAUGAUGAGGCGACUAAAGUCCGGCGUUCUAAUCCACGACAAGGAGUAUGCUACUGCGUUAUCGGAAAAUCUGAGCAAUCCGAGUCACAUCAUGUCCUUCGUCCUAGUGAUGACUUUCUGGAUAUCAUGGGCACCAUAUGCCGGAUUAAGGAUAUACGCGGUCGUUAACGGACCUCCUCAGGUGCCGUUUUUACACUUUGCCGUGGUGUGGCUGGGAGUAACAAACAGCUUUUGGAAAGCGGUUGUACUCAGCAUACUAAGCCCCCAGUUCCGGUUGGCCGUGCGAGUGCUCUGUCUGACCAUAUGCUGUCGGCACAGGCGACUUCCGCCGGAACUCCUCGGCCUCGACGACGACGACUAAUGUCACAUCGACUACGUCUACAAGCAGCAACGCUUCUGUUGCGUUCUGUUCUAUUCGCGACGCAUUCUUAAGAAGUCGCUUUCAUCUCUCUUCAAGGAUCGUCCUCGCAUCUUGGCACCACUCGCAAGACGGUUCCUCAAAACUUCGUGCUCUGAACGAAAGGAAUGAAUAAAAGUCGCGAAUAAAGGACUCAUAAAUGU